CCAAACAACUGUCUGCUGCACUAGCCUGUGACACAUGAUUUGGCCAGGGAAAAAGGUAACGCUAGAAACGAGAAAAAAAGUAAAAGGGAGGUUGCAAGGUAAUUAUAGGGAUGGAAAGAAAACCAGACCCCUAUGCUCUCCCCCCCCCUACGGUCACAGAUCUUUGUUUUCGCUCAAACUGAAAAGCUAUGCCUGAAUAUACAAACAAAAUAAGAGAAACCAAGAACCUAAACCAGGCCAAGCCACUCCUUUCUCUUAUUUUUCUCUGAUUCUAAUUAGUUUAUUUUUUGUCUCUCACCUUCCAUUCCAUGACCAUAGUCUAUGAAUGAUUGAGUUAACAAGACAAAGGUUUCCUCUCUGUCUAUUCCACUUCACCACCCAGCAUAUCAUACUGGUCAUAUCCUGAGCCUCCACCUAUUUUUCUGGUUCCUUUUUAUCUCCCCAUAGUCUCUCUUUGUUUGAUUAGACUCAUGUGAAUGAUGUCUAUGUAGUAACCUUUGUUUUGGUUGGUAAUGCAGUGGAAUGAGAGAUUUUAAAGUAGCCAUUUUUUACUAGGUUAAUGAGGGAAAGUGAAAAAAAAUAAGUUAAACCGAAGUCAUACCUUUUGUUUUCCCAUUCAUUUUUGUUCUUCUGUCUUAAAUACAUAUUUUUUUUUACGUUGGUCCCCUGCAUUUUGGCUAAAAAAUGAGAAAGCAUGGAUGGCAACUUCCAUAUCACCCUCUUCAGGUGGUGGCUGUUGCUGUAUUUCUGGCUUUGGGGUUUGCUUUUUAUGUGUUCUUUGCUCCUUUUGUUGGGAAGAAGUUGUUCCAACAUAUAGCGAUGGGAAUCUACACUCCUCUGAUUACUUGUGCCUUUGGCCUAUAUAUUUGGUGUGCAGCUGCUGAUCCAGCAGACCCUGGAGUUUUUAGAUCUAAAAAGUAUCUCAAGAUUCCAGACAGUGAAAAGCAUAACCCACAGAAGGACUCAAAACUUGGUGGAGGGUCAACUUCAUCGAAACAUGAUGCAAAUGCUUCUACUGUUGGAGGAAAAUCUCUGGAUAAAGAGGCGGUGGGUUCUGACGCAACUUUGAAGGAGCCAAAUACUCAAAUUGAGAAGGUGUCAUCAGGGAAUUCAUCUUGUUUUCAGUGGGUUUUCUUUCCUUGUGCUUUGAUCUGUAAUUGGUGCAGUUCGAGUGAUGAAUCUUCUGAGCUACAGAUGAGUGAAGAUGGCAUGUUCUACUGCAGUUUGUGUGAAGUUGAGGUUUUCAAGUACAGCAAGCACUGUAGAGUGUGUGACAAAUGUGUUGAUCGUUUUGAUCAUCACUGCAGGUGGCUUAACAACUGUGUAGGCAAGAAGAACUACGGACAGUUUUUCACCCUUAUGGUUUCUUCUCUCCUCCUGCUUAUUCUACAAUGGUCGACUGGAAUCCUUGUACUUAUCUGCUGUUUUCUUGAACGGAAGCGAUUCGCUGUGGACAUCUCUGCCAAGCUGGGAAGCAGUUUCUCUUUGGCCCCCUUUGUUAUCGUGGUGUCAGUGUGUACCAUUUUGGCAAUGAUUGCCACCUUACCUCUUGCCCAGCUUUUCUUCUUUCAUAUCCUCCUUGUAAAAAAGGGAAUCAGCACUUAUGAUUACAUAAUAGCUCUAAGGGAGCAGGAACAAGAGCAACAGGGCGUUGAAGGUCAGCAGAGUGUUCAAAUGUCUCCUGCCAGCUCACUCACUGGAUUAAGCAGUGCAAGCUCAUUUUCUACUUUUCACCGGGGUGCUUGGUGCACACCACCUCGUCUUUUUCUGGAAGAUCAGUUUGAUGUUGUUCCUCCAGAGACUGGAUCUGUUAGCUCAUUAGGAAAAAAGUCUAUGAGGGAAGAACCAAUCAAGAAAAAGAACCCCGCUACAGUAAAGAUCAGUCCUUGGACAUUGGCCAGAUUAAACGCCGAAGAAGUUUCGAGAGCUGCAGCAGAGGCGAGGAAAAAAUCCAAAAUCCUGCAGCCUGUGACAAGACGGGAACCCCCUUUUGGGCUAGACACAGAUAGCAGCUUUGGCAGCAGUGGCCAUCGGAUGGUCCCAAGGAUUGACAAUAAUAGAAGGAGAGCUAGUAAGCGAAUACGCUUUCCAGCUGACCUACCCAUGGAGUCUGUAACUAGGACUUCAGGUAUCACUCCUGAGAAAGGUUUCACUGAGACAUCUACAAGCUUGGCUCCUCUUCAGCGUGAGGCCCGUAGUGCUUUCCAGACCAGCCGAGCAAUGUCAAGCUCAGCUGGGGUUGCUGCUUCUUCUCCUGAAAGCAGUUUAGACUCCCCAGAUAUCCAUCCUUUCCGGGUUUCCUCAUCCGGAGCUGAAGAGUCCAGACGUCUCACAGGUCUAUCUGUAGCUGGUGCUGUUUCUCACAAUGCAUUCCCACUUUCAAGGUCUACUAGUGAUGGGUAUGAAGCUUCUGGUGGAGAAGAUAGUGACAGGGUUCCUUCCAGGAUUGCUCAAAGGUCAGAUAACUGGAGUAACCUUCUCUUCCAUGCUGAUCGGGACGAGACUGUAUUUAGAAUGAAAGCAUCAUCUUCAUCCAGCCAGGCUAACAAUAGAGAACUUUGACGAUGGCUCUUCUAUGAAGUUCGGUUCCUUUUGAUUUCUGUGGGGAGAAGUUCAACAUUCUUUCAUUUAUGGGCUAAGUACUUCAAGAACUGGCCGCUUCGCCUAUUUAUAUUGUAUUUGGCUUUGGAUUCUGGAAUCAAGGGCCUCGCUAGAAGACGACACUGCUGUAAAAAGGUUGCUGAACUUGCGUUCCUCUGAGCCGCAAGGAAGCUUUUUGCAUGCACUCUCAUUGCAACCGUGGAUCUCUGGCUGUUGCAUUUGGUACAAAAAAUUUGAUCAUGUGUUGUUUAUAAUGCUUGGAUUGUAUUCCCUUUGAAGGGUUUGUUGGACUCUCAAGAUGGUUUCUUUUGUAGAUUUAACUUAACAUCCACAAAGAGUACCUCUGUAUUGUUUCUCCGGGUUCUGUCAGUGGAACCAACAGGAGGAAAGCUCGGGGAUGCUACAAAGAAAUUUUUUUAAAAAAAAAUGCAAAAGCAGCCCGAAGUCAAUAUGCUCCAA